AAAGUUCGCUGUUUUUUAACCAAUUCUAUUUCGUUAAAGUAGGAGAAAACAUGGAUCAGACGAUAGUUAUACUUGCAUUGUGUUUUCUGCAGACCAACGCAUUUAUUCCUCAUAAUGGCUCCAUCGGGCCCAGGCCGAGGACGUUUGGUGGGCACUAUGUAACGGUCACUGAAGAGUCGAAAUGGGAAUUCUUUGAUUUGCCGGAGAGCAACGAGCUUGAUGAUGAAUACUCCGGCUCAGGUAGCGGGCCGGUAACAGUCGGGGGGCCCGUCACCUACUACGAAACAAAGAAACAAUUCCGGCUUUCACCCAAGGCCAAAGAAUUCCUCCAAGGAAAGCUAUCGACCGCUGUGGUCCCCACUGUGUACACGUUUGUGGUCAUCAUCAGCGUACCCCUCAACCUCGCCGCCGUGAUCAUGUUUCUGCGCCGGAAGCGUCCGAGGAAAACCGGGGUGAUCUACAUGCUGAACCUGGCCUUCGCCGACCUCCUGUUCGUGCUGGUGCUCCCCCUGAAGAUCGCCUACCAUUAUCAGGGCAACAACUGGGUGUUCGGGGGCCUCCUGUGCCGGGUCGUGACCGCCGCCUUCUACUGCAACAUGUACUGCUCUGUCCUCCUCAUGACCUGCAUCAGCGUCGACCGCUUCAUAGCCGUCGUCUACCCCCUGGACGCCCUGACGUGGCGCCGCCCGAGGACGGCCUACACCACGUGCGCCGCCAUGUGGCUGCUGGCCCUGGGAGGCGUGGCCCCCCUGCUCAUCUCCGAGCAGAGCAUCCCCCUGCCGGAGCUGGGCAUCACCACCUGCCACGAUGUGCAGGACACGGAGCAGCUGCGCACCUACUACCUGUACUUCUUCCCCGCCUACACCUGCCUCUUCUUCUUCCUGCCGCUCGUCUUGACCGCCGUGUGCUACGUUCGCAUCGUGCAGGCGCUCGCCGCCGCCAACGUGGCCAACGGCUCCAGGAAGAGUCGCGCGGUGAUGAUGGCCGUGGCGGUGCUGGUGGUGUUCGUGGCGUGCUUCGCGCCCUCCAACGUGCUCAUGAUGGUCCACUACCUGCAGCUGGCGCGCCACGCCGCCGCCGACGCGUCCUACCUGGCGUACCUCGUCUCCACGUGCGUGGGUACCCUGAGCUGCUGCCUGGACCCCCUCAUCUACUACUUCGGCUCGUCCCAGUGCCAGAGGCAGGUGAUGGCGUUGUUGACGUGUAGAGACCUGGCCGGAGUGGAGGCCGGCUCCUCGCACUCCGCUAGCAGCCGACUGAGCAGCGGCAGGAGGCAGACCGAGAGCACCAGGUCAACCAAGAUGGAGAGUGUGCAGGAUAGGACCUUAAGGGACCAGUGCAGGAAGCUGGUCUCUUGAGGCGAUGGGAGGAUGGAGCGAGAAGCUGUGACCGGCUGUUUUUCAAGAGAACAGCAGCAGCUAUUUGAGAUUUGAGCAGUGCUUUGUGUAGGCGACAUGAUUACAGAGAGAUUUGUAUGAUCGAAAGAAGGGAGAGGCUACUGACACACUCUGAAGUACAGUAUAUGGAAUGAAAAUUCCAGUACCUGGUGGUGGCGGAAUUUUCUGUAUUAAUCUGUUUUUUUUACUUCACCUUGCCAAAAGUGUAUAUCUUAAUGAUGUUCAUGUAUAUAAAUGUUUGUUAAGUCACUUUCUAUCGCGGACAGAGGGUGGCAUGUAGGUGAUGGAGCCUAUGGCCCACUGAGCCCUUGCUUUUGCAGUAUUAUGAAUGUUACAACGGCAACACUGUGAUUGUAUCUGUGGGAAAAAUUACCACCUAUCGCCAAAGGUCUUGCCAAAGAGGACAAAACUGAAAACUUUGAGAUUGCAACUUUAAGUGUACAUAUAACUAAUUUGUUUUGAAUAAGACCGUAUUAGAGCAAGUUUAAGCCAGACAUCUAGGUCAUAUUGUCUACCAAUCUAAAGUAGGGGAAACCUUUCACGAAAAAUAGACACAUUUUCAUUUUGAAAGGAUUAUAGACACAAUUAAGUUGUAAAUUAUACAUUUUUAUUGAAUCCGUUAUUAAUAAGUAUAAUUAUUAGCAAGAGAUCCCCAAAUAGUAUUAUUUGGUUGACAAUAAAAGCAAAGCAAAUAUACUUUUACUUUCCUUCUGGUUCUGCUUGUUAGUCUACUAGUAUUAAAGACACAUCGCUCCCCAUUUUACCCUUGCUUAUUCUGUACGCUCCUUGUCUUUGCACAGCUCUGUGGAAGAAACAGGACAAACAGGAUGUUUAUUCCACUGGCAUUUCCUGACCAUCUUCUGCAUACUGUAUAGCAGUACUCUAAGAACAUCAUCGCUGUAAGGAAGAACGUUAAGGAAACGGUGCAUCUCUCUCUCAACAUUACCACCUUGUGGUUACAUAGGAUAUUAGGUCUUCCAUGGGAAGUGAGCUUGUAACCAAGGGGUUGCAAUAAGCAGGGAUUCUACCAUAUAUAUCCAUACUUUAAUAGAGUGGGAAGAAGAGGGGAGUAAAUUAAGGCACUGACCUGUUUUACCAUCAUAGCUGUGGUAAUUUUCCGGGAAGUUCAAACAUUCAACCUGUUUCUUGAAAAUGUCAACAUCCUUCGAAUCCAUUUUACCCGUCCUUGCUAAAAUAAAUAGAGAAAAGUAAAAAAUCAACACAGGUGCAAUUUGAAAUAUUGGGAAUAAGGAGGCACUGCUGGUAGAGGUAAGUUCAUGAACGUUAAAAAAUAUGAGGUUUGGAUGUGAUGAGGACUUACUGAAUUGCAUGAUGUAUCUUCCAGUUGCAUCUCCAUUCCUAAAGGUGUCCGUCCACAGCAAACAGUCUGGGCAUGUGUGGAGGAUAUGUCCUUUGUGGUUGGACAGAUUCUCUUGGAAAAACAACACCAUAGAUGGAUUUGAAUAUCAUUCGAUUGGUCAUUGAAUAUACAACGUUUUCUAUGCCGUGAAAGUAGGGCAUAUCGAUUGAUAAAGACCGGCUUUUAUUGGUGAAAUUAAGUUGAUUGAUAUUAUCUUCCAAUAGUAUUCUUGGUAAGUGUUUAUACUAUAGGCCAGAAAGAAAGUUCUGUUAUAGUAUUGUAUGGCUAUAGUGUUCUCAUAGGCUACUUACUGCGGAAUGUGGUCGCAACUCCUGAGACUGUCCCGUUCGUCUCUCCAUAGAUGCAGCGGUUACUGAAAGGUCACAAGUGGCACAUCGACACGUGAGGAAGAAAAUAAAACAUAGGAGACCAUUUAAAAAAAAGGAAAAUGUGUGGAAAAAAAACUAAUGUAAUUUAACAACAAACUCAUGGAUGUUGUUUUCGGAUGAGUGCCACUAACAUAUCCAUCAUACUAUUUCAAAUGCUUCUACAAUUUAAACAGAUGUAGUAAUUAUAAUAAAGUGACUGCACUUACUAGCAGUGGUCGCCCCAACGCAGGGUCACCAGCUGACUGUCCUGCGUGGGAGACAGCUCUAUCCAGGAGCUCUUCAUCGCGUCCAGAGCCUUGCGGUAUGGCAUGGGGUCCCCGGACCCCAUCACGUACACCCACUUGCCAAACACCUGCAUGUACAACAACAUUUUGUAAUCAUGGGACUGUGAAAGAUCAAAAGAAAUGAACGAUGAUUCAAAUAAUCUUUCAACAGCCAUUCGCAUGAGUCAACGUUUCUUUGUUUUUUCUUUUUCUUUCUUACCAGCGUGGAGUCCUCUGGUAUGUACGGUUUGACCAGAUCUUCACAGUCGGGUGCUGAUGCGGCACCUAGGGGUGCGAGCGCCAAGAGCAACACGGCAACGCACACAUCCAUCUUCAGCGGGAGAGGUGAAGUGAUGAAUGGAGAGGACGAGGAGCCCACCAGAGCACUGAGCGGGGCUGCAGGGUCUCAGCAGAGCCAAACCACCUCUUUUUUUUUUUUUACUUUCGACUUCAGAGGUU